GAGUACUAGUUUAUUUCGUUAGUUGAGUGUCGUGUUUCAACGUCCUCGAACCGUCCAUUGCAAUUUGUACUUAACAUGUGGAACAAAUAAAUUCUUAACGACGGUUCUGAAAAAAUGUGUCAAUAGUGUUGUGUAUACGUAAAAACUAUCGAUAUGGGUUCAAAAAUCGAAUACGUCGAUUCGUCACAUUUAUACGCUACAAACUACGUCCGUAAUUCGAAAGCUAUUGGAGUGCUUUGGGCAAUAUUCACGAUUUGCUAUGCGAUUAUAAGCGUUGUUGCGUUUGUGACACCGGAAUGGAUUGGCGAUCUUGAGACAGAGUAUCCUAGAAAGUUUGGUCUGUGGCAGACAUGUAGGGCGGACGAGGUCGUUGAAGAUUGUAAAGGAAGAUUGGACGAUUUUAUGUCGAUAAAUGGAUUUGUUUUCAAAGUGACCACAGUGCUUGUUGCAGUAUCAGUAGCUUUGGCUCUGUUUACAAUAUGUUCACUGCUGUUGUUUUUCUUCUGUCAAUCGACGACCGUGUUCCACAUAUGCGGCUGGUUACAACUUUUAUCAGCGCUAUGCAUGGUGGGAGGGGUGGCGGUGUACCCCGCGGGGUGGAGCGAGCCCAUGGUGCAGGAGACUUGCGGGCCUACUGCGGACCAAUAUAAUAUAGGUCGCUGCCACAUCCGCUGGGCUUACCUGCUGGCAAUCAUCGGUUGUCUGGACGGCGUGGUGCUAGCGGCGCUGGCUUUCAUCCUAGCCACAAAGCACGUCAGGCUGCAGCCAGACACUAGCUACCCUUCGCCGUCCCUGUAUAAAGGUGAAGUGAACAACGCUUACGUGACGGACGCGACAUCUGUUGCCGGAUCGAGAAAAUCACUUGCGCUUCAACCGGUUUUAAUAAUGCAUCCCCACGCGCCGCUAGAUGUCGAUACAUACUCGCAUUAUUCAGGAAGAACCGCGCGCUCUAAACACGGAAUAUAUGCUAAUUCUAUGCAUAAUUAUUAAGAUUUAAUUAAAAAGUGAGCUACGAGUAUAUAUGAUGUAAUUGUGAUGCAAAAUCUACCGUUUGUGAAUAAAUUAUUCUCAUCAGGUCACUUAUAAAAAAACAUUUAAAUGUGUGAAAAUCAGCCCACAGAUGGCGUUAACUUAAAAAGAACGCACUGGAUCAUAUUUACAUUAUUUAUUAAAACGCAAGACCAGUCUUAAAUUUUUAUUUAAAAUUGAAAGACUGAAACGAUUCAGAGUAAAGUAAAGGUCUUAAGAAAAAAAAAUACACAUUCCACUGUAAUCUUAAACUGAAUAUAAAACAGCAGAGUACCUUAGAAUUUAUUUUUAUAAAACAAAGUAAUGAGUAACAUUAUAAUGUACAUAUUUUGAAUGUUAGAUAAUGUAAUGAUUUAAAACUGCCUUUAGAAUUAGUUCCAGUUGUAAAAACAUAUAAUAAGUACAAAAUUAUUGUUUUAUUUUAAGGAGAUUUUAGUAUGGAAUGUAUUAUUAAUUAUAUAGUUAUUUUUGUACAACGACUAUGAUUGUGCCUUUAACAUUGUGUUUAAUAAAUGUAAUGAAAAAUAAAAUUUAAUUUUAGUAA